CUCUCAAGUCUUUCCUUCUUCAACUUCUUCUUCUACUUACUCUCUCUCUCUACUCUACUGGAUCCACACUGUUCGAACCUCGCCGUGGCCACAAUGGAGCCGAGCGUCGACGAUCUCGCCGACGACUUGGACAGCCUGAGCUUCAACUCAACGACGACGGCUACCACCGCCGUCACAACGAAGCGGAGCACGAGCUCCGGCUCCGAAACGACUACUCGGACGACGUCUUCGAGCUUCUUAUCGUCUUCGAUUAAGCCGCACGCGCCGUCAUCCGAUCCUCGGUGGGAGGCGAUCCAGCGCAUGAGGAGAAAAUCCGGCGACGUAGUCGGCGUCGUUGGCGGAGGCGAAGAUCUCGGACUCGGUGAUCUCCGAUUCGUGCACAGGCUGGGGAGCGGCGACAUCGGGAGCGUGUACCUGGUGGAGCUUAAAGGCGGGAACGGUUCCAUGUUCGCAGCCAAGGUAAUGGACAAAAAGGAGCUUGCGAGCCGUAACAAGGAGAGCCGCGCGAGGGUAGAAAGGGAAAUACUGGAAAUGUUGGACCAUCCUUUUCUCCCGACGCUCUACGCCACGCUCGACUCCGUCCGGUGGUCUUGCCUUCUCACGGAGUUUUGUCCCGGCGGCGACCUCCACGUCCUCCGCCAGCGUCAACCGGAGAAACGCUUCAGCGAAGCCGCCGUCCGGUUUUACGCUUCCGAAGUGGUGGUUGCACUGGAAUAUCUCCACAUCAUGGGAAUAAUAUACCGAGAUCUCAAACCCGAAAACGUGCUAGUACGAUCCGACGGUCACAUCAUGCUCACUGAUUUCGAUCUCUCCUUAAAAAACGAUAACUCCACGUCAACUCCCCAGCUCGUCACCGACCACCACCGCGACCCUCCUCCGGUCACCCUCCAAUCCUCCGGAGAUUACGCCAUGGACCAACCACCAUUCGCGACGUCAUCUUGCAUUCUCCCCAGCUGCAUCGUCCCCGCUGUUUCGUGCUUCCGGCCGAAACGCAGGCGGAAAAAGAAACUGGGCAAUGGCGGGCCGCCGGAGAUCAUGGCCGAGCCGAUGGACGUCCGGUCGAUGUCGUUCGUCGGGACCCACGAGUACCUGGCGCCGGAGAUAGUGUCCGGCGAAGGACACGGCAGCGCCGUCGACUGGUGGACACUUGGGAUCUUUAUCUUCGAGCUGUUUUAUGGGGUGACGCCGUUUAAGGGUUUCGACCAUGAGUUAACCUUGGCUAACAUCGUGGCUCGAGCCUUGGAGUUCCCUAAGGAGCCGACAAUACCAGGCCCAGCGAAGGACUUGAUUACGCAGCUCUUGGUGAAAGAGCCUACGAGGAGAAUGGGGUCUACCAUGGGGGCUACGGCUAUUAAGCACCACCCCUUCUUUCAUGGGGUCAAUUGGGCUUUGUUGAGAUGUACGUCACCUCCUUACGUCCCUCGCCCUGUUAAGUACUCGGAUUUUGUCCCUGUCGACGAACCCACAGAUAAAGAUAAUUCUGUAGAGUAUUACUAGUCAACGUUUGACAAAGAUGAUGAGGAGGAGGAGAAGAAGGUUCACUAAUACAAUUAGUUUGUGAUUAUGUAUGUAUAUUCUCUUACACACCACCACCGCCACAAUUGAUAUGAUGAGACAAAUUAAACCAACCAUGUUUAUUCUAAUAAACAAAUUAACAACGUUGCUAAUCUUUACUAAAAUGAUAGUUUACAAUUAGCAAUGUUGCUGAUUUGUUUAGAUUAUUUGAGUCCGGGAUUUCCUUUCGAUCUCGCAACUUGAGAAGAGCACCGUUUUUGAAGAGAGAGAGCAUUGGGUUUCCAAGUUAGAGAAGGGGAAAUAAUAUUGGUUCGAGUGUUCGGCACUCUUUGAUUAAAUUUUAUUGAUGUGGAACACAAUUAUUGGGAGGAGCGAGGAGCAUGGAGGAGAAAAGAUAUCAUAUUAGUCUUGUCUUAUUAUUGAAAUUAUUGAUUUGUAUAGUUUAUUAUUAUUUGUUAACUGGGAAAAUAUGAGAGGAGAAGAAAGAAGGGUUAGUUAAACUUAUGAGUAGUUUGGGUAUGGCUAGCUAACAACUGUAGUAGCGUGGUCCGAAGCCGGCAAUCCACAUGGAAAGGAAAAGGGCGUGGCCUCGGUUGUUGACCCAAAUUAUCAGGCUGGAAUUGAGAUUAGUUGUUGAAUCUUCUAAAUCUAGAUUCAUGCCCCCACUCACAUGCAAUUGUUUUUGCUUGAGAGACUACGUACGCCGAGAUAAAACGAGCUAAACAGAAUAAAAUUCUUUUGUCUCAAUCUUUUUUGUGGACUUGUACCUAUCACUUGUAGCUACAAUGUACUAAAGUGUUCUCUUUUGUGUUUGGCAUUUUCU